AUGUCAUGCACAUCACAGCGGAUGUAUUCGCUGGAGGAGGCCUAUGAAUUUUUGGCCUCAGAAACGGAGUCUGUGAGCGAUGAUGGGGACCCUACAUUCCUAAUCUCAUCCUCAUCCUCAUCUUCAUCCUCAUCAGACUCGGACGUGCCACCCCCAAGGAGGCGACGCAGGCGGGCCACUGCAGCGGCCGCUGCGUUACCAGGCCCAUCAAGGCUUUCUGAGCCCUCGGAGCCCUCUGACUCCAUAUGGGUAGACCCAGGCCAAUUUACACCCCAAAUUCCUGGGUUUACAGGGAAUGCAGGGAUGCAAUUCCCAUUUGCUGGGUUGGCAGAAAAAUACUUUUUUAAGUUCUUUUUCACCGAUGAGCUGCUAGAGCAUUUGGUUGCGCAAACAAACAUCUACGCCAACCAAUAUAUUACUGCACACCCCACCUCUAGUUAUGCUCAUCCGAAUAGGUGGACCCCUGUGACCCCAUCAGAGAUGGCAAAAUUUUGGGGUAUAAUGCUGAGCAGGGGGCUUCUGAAGAAACCCAGUAUCCGCUCAUACUGGACCCACGACCUGCUAUAUAACACCCCCAUGUACCGCAUGGCAAUGAGCAGGACACGUUUUGAGCAGAUAAUGAGGUUUCUGCAUUAUAAUGAUAAUGCCACUUGUCCACCUAGAGACCACCCUAGCUAUGACCGGCUAUAUAAAAUUCGUCCGCUUAUAGACCACCUAAAUGCCGUGUUCCAGGCGGCAUAUGUCCCAGAAAGGGAAAUCUCAAUUGACGAGUCCCUGGUGCACUUCAAGGGCAGGCUACAAUUCCGCCAGUACCUGCCCAGCAAAAGGGCACGGUAUGGGGUAAAGAUGUACAAGCUCUGUGAAAGUGCAUCAGGAUACACGUACCGUUUUCGUGUAUAUGAGGGGAAAGACUCCUCAAUUGAACCCCCAGAGUGCCCCCCUGUCCUGGGAAUUACAGGCAAGAUAGUAUGGGAUUUGGUGCACCCCAUACUAGACCAGGGAUACCACCUCUACCUGGACAAUUUCUACACCAGCGUCCCCCUAUUCAAGUGCCUCACUGCACGUGGGACAGUAGCAUGUGGCACUGUCCGUAAAAACCAGAGAGGCCUCCCCAAACCUCUUCUGGCACACCCCAUGCGGAAGCAUGAGAGCAGGGCACUGUGCAGCGAUGGCAUAUUGUGUGUGAGAUACAAGGACAAGAGAGAGGUCCUUGUACUCACCACAAUACAUGGCCACGCCACCACCCCGGUUUCUGUACGUGGGGCCCCUACAGAAAUCUAUAAGCCAGACUGCAUCCUGGCUUACAAUAAGUUCAUGGGAGGGGUGGACUUGUCUGACCAGGUGCUAAAGCCAUACAGUGCCAUGAGAAAGACAAGGGCGUGGUACAAGAAACUGGCUGUGCAUAUGGUACAGAUGGCCUUAUAUAACGCCUUUGUCCUGUACCGACAUGCCGGCCAGAGGGGAAUGUUCUUGGAGUUUCAGGAGGUGGUCAUAAGGAACCUCAUAUUUGGGGACCAGGAAGAUGCAGGCCCCAGCACUUCCGAGUCCUCACGGAUUGUGCCAGGGCAGCAUUUCCCCAGUGAAAUCCCCCACACUGGGAAGAAGGGGAGGACCCAAAAGAAGUGCAGGGUCUGCUAUAAAAGAGGGAUCCGCCGGGACACUACAUACCAGUGUGAGACCUGCCCCACUCAGCCGGGACUGUGCAUCUCAUGUUUUAAAAUUUAUCACACAUCCCUGCAAUUUUAA